AUGGCAGACGUCUCCUUCGUUUCGGAAGAGGUGAAUAGUAUAGUCAAGGAUACAAUAGAGCAAGUGAUAGGCUCAACGUCAUAUAACCACAGCAAGGUUACACAGCUUACUGACCAGGUCAUUGACGAAGUCCUGAAGAAGCUUGUUGCCCAGAAGAAACCAUACAAGUAUCUAGUGUCAUGCACGCUCAUGCAGAAAACUGGCGCAGGCCUACAUACGGGAUGCUCGGCCUACUGGGACACAACGACUGACGGGGUUGCUGUUGUUAGAUGGGAGAAUCGGUCAAUGUAUUGUGUCAUGACAAUCUUCGGAGUCAGCAUUUAA